UCCCGGGAAGGAGCCGCACAGAGCGCAGGCGGCAGCCCCUUCCUCACCUCUCCAGCCAUGCCGGCCGCUCAGGAGGUCGCAGCCGCCCGGGCACCGGUGCGAGCCAACAGCAUCACCCUGAACGAAGCACCGAAGUCAGAAAACAGCAAACACAACGGACGCCCGGUGGUGAGGCUGCUGGUGACGGGCACUGACCUGGCGCAGAAAGAGGCCGUUCAAUUUAAACCCAUGGAUCUCGAUCGUGUAGUCAAAUUGUUUGAAGAUCCGUUCUCUAAAGACUUAAUUGAGAGACACGUGAAGGUUUUAAAGAAAGUUGCCAAACAUUACUGCAAUGGCAUUCUCCUGAGAGAUUUACCCCAAAUCAUGAAGAUGUUAAACAUCUCUGCCAAAAAGAUAGAAGACCAUAAAGAUUUCAUAGAUCCUGUGUGUGAGGUCGUUAAGUUAUUUGGCCUUCCUUUCCUAAAAGAGAAGGUGUCAGAUGAAGUCACGUUUGCGGAAACUGUUGCAGAGUCACUAUCCCAGCUAGGUUGUCUGAUGCGGGUGCCAAGUUCUCAAGUCAGAAUACAGAUUUGCAGUUCAGUAGCCAAUUUUUACAACCCACAAUCUACCCGGCUGCCAAUGGACGGUUUUCAACCAACCAAUGUCACCUACAAGUUACAGAUGGCUGAAGUGGGAGGCUUGGCAGAAACCCUCGUCUUAUCUCUGGCGGUGGUGGAGAACAACUUACAAGAAAAGUUAGCAUUGCUGAAAGUACUACAGCUCUCAUCAAGCACCACCGAGAACUGUAAGCUUAUGGCCAGAGCCCAGGCUGCCUGCAGAAUCUGUUCCCGUCUCAACGACUCAGAUCCCUCAGGACAACUUCUUUUCCGUUCCUCGGAGAUCCUGUGGAACUUACUGGAAAAUGGGCCAAAGGAAGAAGUCAUUAAUCAGCUCAGUAACAUAGAGUGCAUUUAUGCACUGAAAGAUUCUUUCGUACGUCUGCUCACAAAUGGCUCUAGACAUUCUGACCGACAGCUGAGAAAUGAUCUUCUGGUCAUUGCCACUCUGAUCGCAGAGAACAGUCGUCCUCCGAUGAUUGAAAGUGGAUUUGCUAAGCAGCUGAUCUUGUUUGCCACAUUCUCAGAAGUAAAGAGCCAUAACCCAUUAGUGAAAAACCUGAAACUUUUACAUACCCAUGAAGACUUUGAGAUGAAGAAACUGCUGUUCAACCUGGUGGUGGCGCUAUCUAAGGACCUGUCCUCAGUCCAGUUGCUCUGUGAUGGAAAGGUGGUCUUGGCUCUUUUUAACUAUGUCAAAGCGAAUGAAAAACAUGGAGUCCAUGAUUGGCCAGCAUCCCGUUAUGAAGAUUUACAGCUACAGGCAAUCGCUACCUUGUCCUCGGUGGCUCCUCUGCUGGUGGAGGACUAUAUGACCUGUCAGGGAAACACACGCAUUCUUCUUUUCCUUGAAUGGUGCAGCAGCCAAGAUGCGUUCUUUGGUCAGGGCAACUGUUUCCAUGGCACUGGUGGUCGGGGUAACAAGCACGCUCAGAUGCGGUUCAGCCUGAGGCUCCUCAGGUCUAUGGUGUCCUUGGGGGAUGAAGCUGUGAAUCAAGAUCUGUGUGACCAGGGAGCAAUUAGUCAGCUGCUAGGAAUACUGAAGAAAGCAAUGGCGAGUGCUGCAGCAAAUGAUGACGCGCUCCUUCUGGAAAUCCAGUGUGAUCUCCUCUUCAUUCUGUCAUCAGUUUGUGAAAGCGAUGUGCACAGGAAGGAAUUGUUUGGAUCAGAAGGGGUGGACCUGGUCCUGCAGCUUCUCAGAAUGGACCACACAAAGUUUUACAGCGGGUUGGGUCACAACAAACUCAUCUUUUGUACUCUGGACUGUGUCUGGUCUUGUAUUGUCGGAUCCUUCUCCUCUGAGGACUACUUUCUUGAAAAGGAAGGCAUGUUCAUCGUUCUAGAUUUAUUAGCACUUAAUCUGAAGAGCAUGAAUAACCUGGUGCUGGGAAUCCUGGUAGAAUUCUGCGAUAAUCCCAAAACUCUGCCGCAUAUCACAACCUGGCGGGGGAAAAGAAAUGAGACGGCCCCGAAACUGCUGGUCCAGUUAUGGAAGCAAGAGGAAGAGGAGCUGGGCGUGAGGAGGGACAGCUACGGCCGCGUUGUCGAUUCAAAGAGACCACUGGUUGGACAACUGCAGGAAGAUCAGGAGGUCACCCCCAUGCCAGCCAGCAGCUUCAGCAUUGCUAUCAUGGAGGUGGCUGAAAAUACUCGAGCCAAAAUUUACUCCAUAUUUUCAAAACUUGGCUUUGAAAAUUUACCAGGUUUAUCUGCACUGGACUAUGUCGCGCUCAGUAUAAUAAGCAGAUAUCUCGAUUUUAAGGUGGGAGAAGUUUGGGCUGAAAUUCGCUCGGAAUUAAAAGCGGAAAAUAUCCGACCUGUCACCUCCGAUCAAGAAGCCUUGGAUGUUAUUGAAAGAGCGGCAGAAAAUAUCAGUAAACUCGUGGCCGCCCACCAAACGGAAAUGAUUGAGAAUCAUCAACAGAUGGAACUUCUGGAAGAACAGCAAAAAUAUACAGAGAUAAAAGUAAACCACAAGCAGCAAGAAAUAGUCAUGAAAUCCUGGGAUAAUUUCCUGUCGAGGACAUCGAAUUACGAAGCUUUAAAGAAAGCCAAACGACUUCAGGAAAAGUCCAUUGAAUCGUCAAGACCUAAAGCAAGACCACAGAAUAUAACCAUCCACUCUACUCAGAUCCCUAACCUUAAUACUACGGUUGCUUGUGGCCCUGUUAUAACUGUGGAGAGCACACCAUGCAAGCUUACAGGAGGUCCUCUCGCUGAUACAGAACUUGCUCUCAAAAGAGUUCCCAUUCGGGGAGGAGCCCUGCAGAAGGUCAAAGGGGUGAAAAUGUUGGACUAAAGGAACAAGCAAGAAUCUCUUCCAAUUACGAAGGCGACCUUGGUACAGAAUAUCGGACGUAACGACCUUCUUAGACCGACACGGAUUUCAAUAACUACAUGGACAGAACGUCUCCCUAUAUGACAGGAUUCUUCUUGUCACAUUAAAACCAGGGUUUCAUUA